AUGGAGCCAAUAUUCCUUCAUUUGCUUCAGGUCGCAGAAGAUGAAGAAGCACAAAACCAAUUAGGUUUGGAGCGGAUAACUUCACGAGAUCAACAAAAUGCAUUCGAUUUGCGUGAACGAGAGUUCCGAAAGUGCUUCAGACUUAGUCGGCAGUUGGUACAAGAUCUCAUUCGUGAUCUUACCCCUCAUAUGGAUGCAGGAGCAAGAGGCACAAGAAUUCCCGUCCAUAUAAGGAUCUUUGGUGCCCUAAAGUUUUUUGCUCAGGGCUCAUAUCAGAAGGCAGGAGGAAAUGAGGCGUAUGUGGCAUUGUCACAACCAGCAUUUAGCAGAGCAGUGUCUGAAGUUUGUCUGGCCCUAGAGUCAAUUGGUCAUAGGUGGGUAAAAUUCCCAUUAAGUGAAGCUGAAAAGCAACAGAAAAAAGAACAGUUUAUGGCGCAAUUUGGAUUUCCAGGAGUAAUAGGCUGCAUUGAUGGCACUCAUAUUGCCAUUGUUACACCUCAAGAGGAUGAGCAUUUAUAUGUUCCAGAUUUGGAUGAUAUUGUAAGCAAUGUUCUUGAACAAGGGCAGGCAAUGAGAGCCAACGUAAUACAAUUGUAUUUUCAAAAUGUUAGAUAG